CUUUUUCGGAUCAUUUUCGCACUUCUUCAACAAACAAAACUCAUUAUCAUUCCGAGCUGUGAGCUCUCCCGCGUAAAAUGGCUGUUUAAAGGCGUGCAGCGGCUUCCUUAGCAGCGGCAACAACCAGGCAGUGCAACGGUCAAGUGCACUUGUUGUUUAAGGCAAAAUGGCGUCUCUCUCAGCAUCCCCCCUCAGCUUUGCUGUAGUGGACAGCAGGACAGACUAUCUGAACUCUAUACUACCGUCGUUAUCGUGGACCCCUGACUUCCUGUCUCCUGACAGCCUCGUACGGGAACACCUGAAAAGCAGCAGCAGCCAUGUCUCUGAGCAGUCAGCUGGCACUGGAGGACGUGGGGGGUCUUCUCUUAGGCCCCUCGUUUCUGACGGCUGACCCCAUGGGGCCCCUUCUGGACCAAGAUGAAGAGGAAGCUCUCUCUCCCUCCUCAUCCCUCUCUUCCCAGGGAAGGGCACCGCCUUCGCCCCCCCUCUCUUUCUCCUCCUACGCCUCCUCCCCCUUCUCCUCCUCCACCCCUCCUCCCUCCCCUCCUCCUCCCUUCCACCCCUCGCUCCUGGAAAGCAAGGCCGGGGCGGACGUCCUCUCUCUCCCCUGGCUGGGCGAGGGCGAUCUGCUCGACGCCCACGUGGGACUCGACGGUGGCAAAGAGGAUGCGUUCUCCGGCAUGGACUGGAUGACGGAGAAGAUCGACCUGAGCGACUUCGACCUGGAGUCCCUGAUGGGCUCCUGUUCCCCGGGCAACCCUCCCAGCUCCCCCGAGGAGCUGCUGGCCUCCCUGGAGAGCCACUUGGACCUGGAGCCCUUCGCCGCCCUCCCGGCCCAGCCCGGGGUGCUCGACCUGGGCCUGCCGCUGGCCCACCUCCCCCCCGUCCCCCUGGAUCUCCCGCUCCCAGAAGAGGAGAUGGAGAUGGAGGGUGAGGAGGAGCCGGUGCUCGAGGUGGAGGAGUGGAAGUCUGAGCCUCGCUCUCCAGCUCCCCUCUCUCCCGCCCUCUCUCCCGCUCCCCUCUCUCCUGCCUUCACCCUGGAGCUGGGAUCUGAAGUGGACGUCCUGGAAGUGGACAAGAUCACCACCACCAUCAUCCCAGAGGCCGGCCUCCAGACCGUCGCCACCCCCAUCCUCCUCUCCCUCUCCCCCUCCGCCACCUUCAUGGUGGUCCUCACCCCCAAGGAUGAGCCCGUCCUCCUCCACACCUCCCCACCCCCCUCCUCCUCCUCUCCCUCCAGCGACUCCGAAAGCGACUCCGGCAUCGACUCCUCCGUCUCCGGCUCUCCCGCUCGCCGCUCCUCCUCUCCUCCUCCGCCCCCCUCCUCCUCCGCCGGUGGCUCCUGCCGCACCAAGCCCUACUCCAAACCCUCCCCCUCCUCCGUCUCCCCCAAGGUCAAAUCGUCGGGCGGCGGUGGGGGGCCGCCCAAGGUGGUGGAGAAGAAGCUGAAGAAGAUGGAGCAGAACAAGACGGCGGCCACACGCUACCGUCAGAAGAAGAGGGUGGAGCAGGACGUGCUGAACACGGAGCUCUGCGGGCUGGAGAGCAGGAACCGCGAGCUGGCCGAGAAGGCCGAGUCCAUCAGCCGGGAGAUCCAGUACCUCAAGGACCUGAUGGAGGAGGUCCGGUCGGCCAAGACCCGGCGGGCCGCCCCCAAGCCCCCCGCGGAGCCGUAGACGGGUGGAGGAAACACGGGGUCCCCCCCUCCCCCCCGUGUCCAUGCCAGCCAAGGGACGUGUGGGGGGGCGGUGGCUCUGCUGAGAACGGUAGCAUGCUUCAGGCAGGGGUGGCGUUGUAGGAGUGGGGGGGGGGGGGGUCUGUGAAGCGGUACGCUGGUGGGUGGGUGUUGGGCCGCGGGCGGGAGCGACGGGAUCGGCAGAACUUACAGGACGACUGAAUGUGAAGAAAGAUGAUGGAGAAGUUGAUGAUUUUUUGGGGGAGUCGAGGCGAUCAGGACUUGGAGGCUGUGGAUGGAGGAAGUGUGUGUCUUCCUUGUCCCUGUAGUUCGGCACACACACACACGGGCAGAGUGUGUAGUGGUGCUCUGUCUAGUGUAGACAUGUUGUCCAGCUAACGUUAGGGUGGACACCUCUGUUAGGAGUGUGACCUCCUUGCUACCUGUUAACAGACAUUCUCAUCAUCGUCAAACAUGACAAGACCAGACACAACUCCCCUCUACCCCCCCUCCCUCCCUCUACCCCCUUAACCUGUCCUCUAACCCCAUGCCUCCCCCCUCUCUCUCUCUCCCCCUCUCUCUCUCUCUCUCUCUCACACCUGUCCUCUGAGAAACUCUUAGUCCAGAAAGGGGCCUCGCCACUUCUCUCUCUCUUGCUCUCUCUCUCUUGCUCUCUCUCUCCGCCCUAUUUAAUUAAAUCAUUAACUUAUGUUACACUGGCCUCCGCCGUCAGGUGGUUUGGUUUGUACAUAGCUUCUUCCCUUCCCAGUACCACCUUGUUUUUAUGACUAUUUAAUGCCGAGGAGGUAAAUCAAUAAAUAAAUAAAAAGGUUUUUUUUAUUUAUUUUUAUUACUGCCCUCAGAUCUGUCAGCUACGAGUAGUUUGCUUUGUGUAGAGUACUUGUUGGGCUUGUACAAAUGUGCCAGAUGCUUUGCUAUGGUUUUUCUAAUAAAGACUCUCUAUCAACGCUCAA